AAAAACGCCGCAAAAACUAAUUAAAAUCCCGCUCAAUUCCGAAAAAAUUAUUUUGGUUACCCGCUCAUUACUCCUCUUCUUCUCAUCUCCGUGCGCCCCCCAAAUAAAAGAUUGUACUUAAUUCUUUUUACCUUUUUAUCUCAAAAUUUGCCCCCAACUUUCCCAUUUCCAGCAACACCAAGUCAAUACACCUACGCCAAUCACCCUUCUUUUUCCUUUUCAUUUCACUGCACUGAAUUCACUCACCAUCGCUACUCCUUUUCUCUCAAUCUGUUAGGGUUUCUUUUAAUUUUAGGCUUUCAAGGGAAUGUAUAGUUUCCUUUUAAUUUUACUGGUGAUUUCUAUGGCGACGGAAACCCUAGAUGGCAAGAAACCGGAGGAAGAGGAGGUGAAAGAGAAGACUGAAACUUCCCAUUGAAUAAGAAAUCAGUAGAAGGAAAAAGAAAUCAGAUCCUUCUGAAUAAGAAGAAGAAAAAUCAGUACUUUCUUUCCAUUGAAGAACAAGAAGUGAAAGAGGAUAUCAAGGGAAAAUGUCAAGAGAAAAACUAAGAAGAGCCGCACUUCCUCCUGUUCAAUAGAACAAGAUAUUACACAGCCGGAUUGAAGCUAUACAUAUUCAGUUUGCUGAGAAAGACCGUGGUUCUGCACUUGCUGAAAGUUCUACUCCAGAUUCACAUGGUGAUUCUGGUUUGCAGAAUGUCAUCAAUUACCUCCGACGGACAAAACAAAUACUGUAAAAAAACUGGGAAAGGAAAGAGACCUGGAAAGGGAGGGAAUCGCUUCUGGAAAAGCAUUGGGUUAGGCUUUAAGACACCCAGAGAGGCCAUUGAAGGAACAUAUAUUGAUAAGAAAAGCCCAUUUACUGGCACUGUUUCUAUUAGAGGCCGUAUUCUUACCGGUACUUACCAUAGUGCAAAAAUGGUAAGGACCAUUAUCGUCCGAAGGAACUACCUUCACUGCAUCAAGAAAUACCAAAGGCAAAAAUGGAAUAUCCAGUUCUUUGGCCUUGAUUCUCAGCAGAAGGUUACAUCGUCCUAUGUUGUGGUCAUUGGUCUUGGAGGUGUUGGAAGUCAUGCUGCAUCUAUGCUUUUGAGAUCAGGAGUUGGCAAGCUCCUAUUGGUGGGCUUUGACCAGGUUGCUGAGAAGACUGCUUUUCUGCGGCCUAUAGAACUUAAACUUGUUCCUGUGCCUUGGAAGGUAGUGCAUUUAGAAACAAGUUUCUUGAUACGGAUGAACUUAUGAGCUACUGUAGCUGGUUUGCGACUUUCAGCAGCAUGAUCCCAAAAUGGCUGCGGAAAACCAAAAUUGUCAAGCAAAUUAGCCAAAUGCUGGUGAAUCACCUUGGACUAAAUUUGACCAAAGAUGAUCUACAAAAUGUGGUUGAUUUAAUGGAGCCAUAUGGUCAGAUAAGCAAUGGAAUAGAAUAUCUAAAUCCUCCCCUUGAUGUCAGUAACUAACUUGCUUGUCAUUUUAAAUAUGCAAGUCAAUUGCUAUUAAUAAUUUUCUGUUGGAUUCUUUUUGGACUGGAAAAUAAUUUCUGGGGAUAGUCUAAGAAUCUUAAACUUUAUAGAAAGCCAAUAAAGUGCUUGCUGGACGAAAUGUGGUGAUUAA